AUGUGGAAAGAAAACAACAUAAAAGAUGGUUUUGUUAUUGUUGACGAAACGGAAUUGACCAAAUUAAUUAAACGUGAACCAAUCGAUAAAUAUUAUAAAUUGGAACAAGAACCGUUUGCCAAACGAUUAGAAAUAUCACAUCGUUGUCAUCCCAGUAGUUGUUGUCGUUUGUUGUUUGUUGUAGGUUGUUUUUGUCGUUUCGAAUUGUGA